GCGCGCGUUCGUUACCGAGACUUUGUUUUCGCGUUUUAAGACGAAGGAGACCGCUCGACCGUUGUCUUCCCCCGAUACAUUCGACGAAAUAGUGGAAAACCCCGAUUCCGAAGUUAUAAUAUCCUCUGAUCGAGAUUUACUGCCCCGACGCAGAACGUUCCGUUUCCUUGCCCGACGAGGGGCGUGGUGGAUGCGACUGCAAUGCGAGACAGCUCUGGGACCUCCACGUCAACGUCAACUCAUCCGUGAGACAGCACACAGCGAAAGGAAGAGAGGGAGAGGAGGAGAAAGCAGAGGAAGGGAAAAAUAAGAGACAAGAGACGAAGCGAAUAGCUGACUUGCGAUGCAUAUCAUCAAACCGGUGUGGUUAACGCAUGGAGGCGAGAAGAAGGAUUUCGAGGUCUACAGCUGUGAUGUUUCACCGGAUGGGAGUAGGCUGGUGACAGCCGCAGGAGAUGGCUACGUUAGGAUAUGGUCGACGGACGCGAUCUACAAUACUAGCAACCCGGAAUAUGUCAGCAAGCCGAAGCAGCUGGCGUCGAUGAGCAAUCAUUCCGGCACGAUUCAUACUGUACGCUUCUCACCGAAUGGGAAAUACCUGGCCUCGGGGGCGGAUGACAAGAUCGUAUGCAUCUACACGUUGGACUCUAAUCCGCCGUCACACACGUCGACGUUCGGCUCCAACGAAGCACCCCCGGUGGAAAAUUGGCGCACGAUCCGGAGAUUGAUAGGACACGACAACGAUGUGCAGGAUCUGGGAUGGUCAUACGACUCGUCGAUCCUCGUCUCGGUCGGUCUCGACUCCAAGGUGGUUGUUUGGUCAGGACACACAUUCGAGAAGCUCAAGACCAUUUCGGUCCACCAAAGUCACGUCAAGGGCAUCACCUUCGAUCCGGCCAACAAACACUUUGCGACUGCGAGUGACGAUCGCACGGUUCGCAUUUUCCGUUUCACCUCUCCACCACCCAAUGCGACGGCCCACGAUCAGAUGAACAACUUUAUGUAUGAAGCCACGAUAUCGGCCCCUUUUAACAACUCUCCAUUGACGGCCUAUUUCCGUCGUUGCUCAUGGUCCCCGGACGGGAUGCAUAUCGCUGCCGCAAACGCCGUCAACGGUCCUGUGAGCUCGGUCGCCAUCAUUAACCGUGGUUCCUGGGACGGUGAUAUCAACCUCAUCGGGCACGAAGCCCCCGUGGAAGUAUGUGCCUUCUCCCCGCGACUGUACACCAGCCAGCCUCCAAACCAACAAGCGCUGGAUAAUCAAGGCCAUUCCCUGCAAAACCCCGUCACCGUGAUUGCAUGUGCUGGGGGGGACAAGUCUCUCAGCGUCUGGAUCACGAGCAACCCCAGACCCAUCGUGGUGGCACAGGAGAUGGCCGCCAAGGCUAUCUCUGACCUUGCCUGGACCCCGGAUGGACGAUGCCUCUUUGCUACCGCGCUUGACGGCACCAUCCUUGCCGUCCGGUUUGAGGACGGGGAUCUUGGCUACCCGAUGGCCAUGGAAGAGAACGAAAAAUCACUCACCAAAUUUGGAACUAAUAGACGGGGUGCCGGCAUUGCAGAGACUACCGACGGGCUACUUCUCGAGGAAAAGAGCAAGGCGGGCGAAAUCAAGGGAGUGGAAGGGAGGAUGGGCGCUUUGAUGGGCGAUGGGCAUGCAACGGCGGAAAACAUGGCGAAGGAAACACCCGCAUCAUCAGCCCCAGCACCUGCACCUACAAAUGGUACAACCCCGGCUGCGGGACCAUCUCCGGCCGCUGAUACCCAGAAGACACAAACGAAUGGGACUACUGGCGUUGCAGUGCCUACGGCACCAGAGCCGGAAAAGCCAGACCCCUACCAGGCUAAGCUGGAAAGAUUGAAGCAGCGACCGACCUAUACGAAGGAUGGCAAGAAACGGAUCGCUCCUUUGCUGGUCUCCGGAGCAGGUGGUGCAGAGUCGUCCCUGCCACAAGCCCGACUUAUGGCUUCGGUCAGCAGCCAGGUCAAAUCGGACGCACCGCAGUCAAUUGUGGAUUUGUCGAAGCCAUUUGACGGACUCCCCAAAGGUGGUCUUCCUGCCUUGCUCUUUGGCAACAAGCGCAAACUGGCCCAGAUUGAAGAUGAUGAAGAAGGCCACACCGAAAAACGCGUGGCGCUGGCAAGCCAAAAUGGCGCAACCCCGAUCCUGACAAACACACUGGAUGGCCUUCUUCCCGCUCAGAUCCAGCCCCCAGCCGUUGGACAACAACCAACUCCAGAAUUCAUUCGACCGGCAGUCACAAACCCUUGCAUGGCCAUCAGUCAGCUUCGUCUUGGGGUACCAAAGGUCCGCAAUCUGAUCGUACGGGCCAUCGACUCUACCGGGAAUCCAACAGAGCCUCCUGGAACGUCUGGUGAUUCUUCGACCAGUAGUAACAAGAACAAGCCCGAACUGGUCUUUGAGGCUCGAAACCCCUCUCCUGCCAGCUUGACUGGGAGGGCCGCCGAUCGGGAGCCCGUCCGUAUCACACUCUCGCGCGGAGAGCAACCACUGUGGCAGGACUUCCUCCCCAAGACUGCACUUCUUGCGACAGGAAACUCGACCUUCUGGGCUGUGGCCUGCGAAGACGCAUCGAUCUAUGUGUGGACGCCGGCUGGCAGGCGCAUUCUCAAUGCCCUGGUGCUGGAAGCCCAGCCUGUGAUUCUCGAGUGCAGCGGCCCGUGGCUGUUGAGCAUAUCCGCCGUGGGCAUGUGCUAUGUCUGGAACAUCAAACAUCUCUCAUCCCCGCAUCCGCCAGUGUCCCUUCAGCCCGUACUGGAUGCAGCUAUUCACACCCUCGGCGCACAUCCGGCAGCAGUCCCCGCGAUCAGCAAUGCACGGGUCAACUCCGAAGGUCGAAUCAUCGUUGCCCUGUCGAACGGUGAAGGCUACUCGUAUUCUCCAACGAUGUAUACAUGGCAGCGACUGUCCGAGGCAUGGUGGGCAGUUGGCAGUCAGUACUGGAACACUACAGAUGCGCCGGUGGGGAAUCUACAGUCGACAACGGAUAGCCAGCAGGACCAGCAGACCAAGACGGCUGUGUCGGCGGGUAUCAUUCCAUUCCUGGAACGCAACACGACCAACGAGACCCUUCUGCGCGGCCGAGCGUACUUUCUCCAACGAUUGAUCAAGGUACUGCUUUCUCGCGAGGGAUACGAGAGCUUCGAGUCGAGCGUUUCCAUCGCUCACCUGGAGAACCGUCUCGCAGCGGCACUCUCUCUCGGCGCCAAAGAGGAGUUCCGGCUCUACCUGUCCAUGUACGCCAAGCGAAUCGGAGCCGAAGGACUGAAGGUGAAAGUGGAAGAGCUGCUAAAGGGGCUCAUCGGCGGCUUGUUCGAGGAAGAAGGAGAGACGGGCUCCCUGCGACGAUUGUCACCCAACGAAAAGGAAGGCAGGAACUGGCAGGAAGACUCGGAGACUCUCUGUGGCUGGUCACGGGAGGUUUUGCUCAAAGAGGUUAUCUUGACUUUCGGCAAGUUCCGGGAUCUCCAGCGGGUGACGGUUCCUUACGCCAAGCUCCUCGGAGUGGUUCAAGAUGAACAUGAAGACGGCGACGCCAUGGAGACGUGAUUCAAAACGUGGUCUGCUUGAACUGUUCUGGCGUUUAGAGGUCUGUUGUGGGUAGGCUUAAACGGGGUCAAUGGUUAACUAUAUCUGUGUGGUCUUUUUGGCGGUGGCCUUCAUCUUCUACAAUUGUAUUAUAUACGUGCCUCUGCAUGCUUUUCAAAUCCAGGCAUCCGUCGAGAGCCA